GAAGAGGAGGGGAUGGCUGUCAUCAAUGAAGUCAUAUUCAUAAUCUAGUCCUCUCUCCCUCUGUUUCUGUACUCUGGGUGACUCAGAGAGGGAAGAGAUUCAGCCAGCACACUCCUCGCGAGCAAGCAUUACUCGACUGACUGGCAGAGACAGGAGAAGUAGAUGUCCACGCCCACAGACCCUGGUGCGAUGCCCCACCCAGGGCCUUCGCCAGGGCCCGGACCUUCCCCUGGACCAAUUCUUGGACCUAGUCCAGGGCCAGGACCAUCCCCAGGUUCCGUCCACAGUAUGAUGGGGCCCAGUCCUGGACCUCCAAGCGUCUCGCAUCCUAUGCCGACAAUGGGGUCUGCAGACUUCCCACAGGAAGGCAUGCAUCAAAUGCAUAAGCCCAUCGAUGGUAUGCAUGACAAGGGGAUUGUAGAAGAUAUCCACUGUGGAUCCAUGAAGGGCGCCGGUAUGCGACCACCUCACCCAGGCAUGGGUCCUCCCCAGAGUCCGAUGGAUCAACAUAGCCAGGGUUAUAUGUCACCGCACCCAUCUCCACUGGGAGCCCCAGAGCACGUCUCCAGUCCUAUGUCUGGAGGAGGCCCAACCCCACCCCAGAUGCCACCGAGCCAGCCAGGGCCCCUCAUCCCGGGUGAUCCGCAGGCGAUGAGCCAGCCCAACAAAGGUCCCUCGCCUUUCAGUCCCGUCCAGCUGCAUCAGCUGCGAGCUCAGAUUUUAGCUUACAAAAUGCUGGCCCGGGGCCAACCCCUCCCCGAAACACUGCAGCUUGCAGUCCAGGGGAAAAGGACAUUGCCUGGCAUGCAGCAACAACAGCAGCAGCAACAGCAGCAGCAACAGCAGCAGCAGCAGCAGCAGCAGCAGCCACAACCACAGCCGCAACAACAGCAGCCGGCCCUUGUUAACUACAACAGACCAUCUGGCCCCGGGCCGGAGCUGAGCGGCCCAAGCACCCCGCAGAAGCUGCCGGUGCCCGCGCCCAGUGGCCGGCCCUCGCCCGCGCCCCCCGCAGCCGCGCAGCCGCCCGCGGCAGCCGUGCCUGGGCCCUCGGUGCCGCAGCCGGCCCCGGGGCAGCCCUCGCCCAUCCUGCAGCUGCAGCAGAAGCAGAGCCGGAUCAGCCCCAUCCAGAAACCGCAAGGCCUGGACCCGGGGGAGAUUCUGCAGGAGCGGGAAUACAGACUUCAGGCUCGCAUAGCUCAUAGGAUACAAGAACUGGAAAAUCUGCCUGGCUCUUUGCCACCAGAUUUACGAACCAAAGCAACUGUGGAGCUGAAAGCACUUCGGUUACUCAAUUUCCAGCGUCAGCUGAGACAGGAGGUGGUGGCCUGCAUGCGCAGGGACACGACCCUGGAGACGGCUCUCAACUCCAAAGCAUACAAACGGAGCAAGCGCCAGACCCUGAGGGAAGCUCGCAUGACUGAGAAGCUGGAGAAGCAGCAGAAGAUCGAGCAGGAGAGGAAACGCCGGCAGAAACACCAGGAAUACCUGAACAGUAUUUUGCAACAUGCAAAAGAUUUUAAGGAAUACCAUCGGUCUGUGGCCGGGAAGAUCCAGAAGCUUUCCAAAGCAGUGGCAACUUGGCACGCCAACACGGAGAGGGAGCAGAAGAAGGAGACAGAGCGGAUUGAAAAGGAGAGAAUGCGGAGAUUGAUGGCUGAAGAUGAAGAGGGGUACAGAAAGCUGAUUGAUCAAAAAAAAGACAGGCGAUUAGCUUACCUUUUGCAGCAGACCGAUGAGUAUGUGGCCAAUCUGACCAACCUGGUUUGGGAGCACAAGCAAGCCCAGGCCGCCAAAGAGAAGAAGAAGAGGAGGAGGAAGAAGAAGAAGGCUGAAGAGAAUGCAGAAGGUGGAGAGUCUGCCCUGGGACCAGAUGGAGAGCCGAUAGAUGAGAGCAGUCAGAUGAGCGACCUCCCUGUCAAAGUGACUCACACGGAAACCGGCAAGGUCCUAUUUGGACCAGAAGCACCCAAAGCAAGCCAGCUGGAUGCCUGGCUGGAGAUGAAUCCUGGUUAUGAAGUUGCUCCUAGAUCCGACAGUGAAGAGAGUGAUUCUGAUUAUGAGGAGGAGGAUGAGGAGGAAGAGUCCAGCAGGCAGGAGACUGAAGAGAAAAUACUUCUGGAUCCAAAUAGCGAAGAAGUUUCUGAGAAGGAUGCUAAGCAGAUCAUCGAGACAGCGAAGCAAGACGUGGAUGAUGAAUACAGCAUGCAGUACAGCGCCAGGGGCUCCCAGUCCUACUACACCGUGGCUCACGCCAUCUCCGAGAGGGUGGAGAAGCAGUCUGCCCUCCUCAUUAACGGGACUCUGAAGCAUUACCAGCUCCAGGGCCUGGAAUGGAUGGUUUCCCUGUAUAAUAACAAUUUGAACGGAAUCUUAGCUGAUGAAAUGGGGCUAGGAAAGACCAUACAGACCAUUGCACUCAUCACUUAUCUGAUGGAGCACAAAAGACUCAAUGGCCCCUAUCUCAUCAUUGUUCCCCUUUCGACCCUAUCUAACUGGACAUAUGAAUUUGACAAAUGGGCUCCUUCUGUGGUGAAAAUUUCUUACAAGGGUACUCCUGCCAUGCGUCGCUCUCUUGUCCCCCAGCUACGGAGUGGCAAAUUCAACGUCCUUUUGACUACUUAUGAGUACAUUAUAAAAGACAAGCACAUUCUUGCAAAGAUUCGGUGGAAAUACAUGAUAGUGGACGAAGGCCACCGGAUGAAGAAUCACCACUGCAAGCUGACUCAGGUCUUGAACACUCACUAUGUGGCCCCCAGGAGGAUCCUUUUGACUGGGACCCCGCUGCAGAAUAAGCUCCCUGAACUCUGGGCCCUCCUCAACUUCCUCCUCCCCACAAUUUUCAAGAGCUGCAGCACAUUCGAACAGUGGUUUAAUGCUCCAUUUGCCAUGACUGGCGAAAGGGUGGACUUAAAUGAAGAAGAAACUAUAUUGAUCAUUAGGCGUCUACAUAAGGUGUUGAGACCAUUUUUACUGAGAAGACUGAAGAAAGAAGUUGAAUCCCAGCUUCCAGAAAAAGGAAAAGGAGGUGCUAAGACGCUUAUGAACACUAUCAUGCAGUUGAGAAAAAUCUGCAAUCACCCAUAUAUGUUUCAGCACAUCGAGGAAUCCUUUGCUGAACACCUGGGCUAUUCAAAUGGAGUCAUCAAUGGGGCCGAGCUGUAUCGGGCCUCAGGAAAGUUUGAGCUACUUGAUCGUAUUCUGCCAAAACUGAGAGCUACUAAUCACCGCGUGCUGCUUUUCUGCCAGAUGACGUCUCUCAUGACCAUCAUGGAGGAUUACUUUGCUUUUCGGAACUUCCUUUACCUGCGCCUUGACGGUACCACCAAGUCUGAAGAUCGUGCUGCUUUGCUGAAGAAAUUCAAUGAACCUGGGUCCCAGUAUUUCAUUUUCUUGCUGAGCACAAGGGCUGGAGGCCUGGGCUUAAAUCUUCAGGCAGCUGACACGGUGGUCAUCUUCGACAGCGACUGGAAUCCCCAUCAGGAUCUGCAGGCCCAAGACCGAGCUCACCGCAUCGGGCAGCAGAACGAGGUCCGGGUGCUGAGGCUGUGCACUGUGAACAGUGUGGAGGAAAAGAUCCUCGCGGCUGCAAAAUACAAGCUGAACGUGGAUCAGAAAGUGAUCCAGGCGGGCAUGUUUGACCAAAAGUCUUCAAGCCACGAGCGGAGGGCAUUCCUGCAGGCCAUAUUGGAGCACGAAGAGGAAAAUGAGGAAGAAGAUGAAGUACCGGACGAUGAGACUCUGAACCAAAUGAUUGCUCGACGAGAAGAAGAAUUUGAUCUUUUUAUGCGUAUGGACAUGGACCGGCGGAGGGAAGAUGCCCGGAAUCCAAAGCGCAAGCCCCGCUUGAUGGAAGAAGAUGAGCUGCCGUCCUGGAUUAUUAAGGAUGACGCGGAAGUAGAAAGACUGACCUGUGAAGAAGAGGAGGAGAAGAUAUUUGGGAGGGGGUCUCGCCAGCGCCGGGAUGUGGACUACAGCGAUGCCCUCACAGAAAAGCAGUGGCUAAGGGCCAUUGAAGACGGCAAUUUGGAAGAAAUGGAAGAGGAAGUACGGCUUAAAAAGCGAAAAAGACGAAGAAAUGUGGAAAAGGACCCUGCAAAAGAAGAUGUGGAAAAGGCUAAGAAGAGAAGAGGCCGCCCUCCAGCUGAGAAGCUGUCACCAAAUCCCCCCAAACUGACAAAGCAGAUGAACGCUAUCAUCGACACUGUGAUAAACUACAAAGAUAGGUGUAACGUGGAGAAGGUGCCCAGUAAUUCUCAGUUGGAAAUAGAAGGAAACAGUUCAGGGCGACAGCUCAGUGAAGUCUUCAUUCAGUUACCUUCAAGGAAAGAAUUACCAGAAUACUAUGAAUUAAUUAGGAAACCAGUGGAUUUCAAAAAAAUAAAGGAAAGGAUUCGUAAUCAUAAGUACCGGAGCCUAGGCGACCUGGAAAAAGAUGUCAUGCUUCUCUGUCACAACGCUCAAACAUUCAACUUGGAAGGAUCCCAGAUCUACGAAGACUCCAUUGUCUUGCAGUCAGUGUUUAAGAGCGCUCGGCAGAAAAUUGCCAAAGAGGAGGAGAGUGAGGAUGAAAGCAAUGAAGAGGAGGAAGAGGAAGAUGAAGAGGAGUCAGAGUCUGAGGCAAAAUCUGUUAAGGUGAAAAUCAAGCUCAAUAAAAAAGAUGAGAAAGGCCGGGACAAAGGCAAAGGCAAGAAAAGGCCAAAUCGAGCAAAAGCCAAACCUGUAGUGAGCGAUUUUGACAGCGACGAGGAGCAGGAUGAACACGAACAAUCAGAAGCAAGUGGGACUGACGAUGAGUGAUCAAUAUGGACCUUUUUUCCUUGGUGGAACUGAAUUCCUUCCUCCCCCGUUUCAUUUCUGCCCAGUGAGUUCAUUUGUCAUAUGGGCACUGGGUUGUUUCUAUAUCAUCAUCAUCUAUAAACUAGCUUUAGGAUAGUGCCAGACAAACAUAUGAUAUCAUGGUGUAAAAAAACACACACACAAAUAUUUGUAACAUAUUGUGACCAAAUGGGCCUCAAAGAUUAAAACAAACAAAAAAAAGCUUUUGAUGGAAAAUAUGUGGGUGGAUAGUAUAUUUCUAUGGGUGGGUCUAAUUUGGUAACGGUUUGCUUGUGCCUGGUUUUAUCACCUGUUCAGAUGAGAAGAUUUUUGUCUUUUGUAGCACUGAUAACCAGGAGAAGCCAUUAAAAGCCACUGGUUAUUUUAUUUUUCAUCAGGCAAUUUUCAAGGUUUUUAUUUGUUCAGUAUUUUUUUUUUUUACACUGUGGUACAUAUAAGCAAAUUUAAUAGGUGAUAAAUGUACAGUAGUUAGAUUUCACCUACAUAUACAUUUUUCCAUUUUAUGCUCUAUGAUCUGGAAAAAAUGCUUUUUGAAUUGUAUAAGAUUUAUGUCUACUGUAAACAUUGCUUAAUUUUUUCGCUCUUGAUUUUAAAAAAGUUUUGUUGAAAACGCUAUUGAAUAUUGCAAUCUAUAUAGUGUAUUGGAUGGCUUCUUUUGUCAACCUGAUCUCCUAUGUUACCAAUGUGUAUCGUCUCCUCCCUAAAGUGUACUUAAAUCUUUGCUUUCUUUGCACAAUGUCUUUGGUUGCAAGUCAUAAGCCUGAGGCAAAUAAAAUUCCAGUAAUUUCGAAGAAUGUGGUGUUGGUGCUUUCCUAAUAAAGAGAUAAUUUAGCUCGA